CCCUCUCCGACAUGGAUGCGAAAUUCGUGGACAUCGUAGCCGCAAGCGGGACAGCAGAUGGAGCACGUGGGUGGGCCAAUAAGGAGAAGCAGAUCAGCGGACAAAAGCACGUUCGCUUGCUCUGCUAUCAACGUCCGGCGCAGCCUGGGCCAAUUCUCAGCGACAGAACCGAUGCAAGCGUGGCUCCGGCCUUUGGGCACUCGCUGUCGUAUCCUCUACGGGAGCAGGAGAACCCCCGAUGCAUAUAUAAGCAUUACCAACGCAUGUCCGUCCCUGCCCCGAUUUUUCUCUCGAGGUCAUCCUGCUCUCCUCCGCUCUCAUUUUCUCUCGCGCGCUUUCUCUUCCUAUACCAUGUCGCCGCCACAGUCGCUGCCCGAGUGCUGGGGUCACCGCGGAGCUUCUGCAGCAUACCCAGAGAACACCCUUGCCAGUUUUGAGAAGGCCAUUCGCGAUGGAGCCGAGGGUAUUGAAAGCGACGUCCACGUCUCAGUAGAUGACGUUGUCGUCAUGUUCCACGACCCUUCACUGGACCGGACGACGAAUGGGUCUGGUCUGAUCAGGGAGCAGAUGUGGUAUGGGGUCAAUGGAAUGGAGCAGCUUAGGACUACGAAGGAGCCUAAGCAGGCUAUACCCACCUUUGCAGAGACGGUGGCUCUCCUCAUGAAGCCGGAAAACCGUCACGUCAAGUUCAACGUCGAUGUGAAGAUUCAGAAUGACCCGGGACGCCUGUUUAGCCUGAUGCACAAGAUCAUCGCUGCUCAGCCGAACUGGGAGACUGAUCUCGCGCCGCGCAUUCUUGUCGGCCUCUGGCACACGACGUUUAUUCCCCAUGCCAAAGCACACUUGCCCUACUGCAGGCGUUCCUACAUCGGCAACAGUACGGAGCUUGCGAGAAAGUAUUUCUGGGAUAGCUGCGACGUGUUCUCGAUGAGAUUUGCGGUGCUGUGCACUGUAGAUGGGGAGAGGUUCAGGAGAGAAUGCAAGAAGGCUGGGAAGAGAAUUAUGGUGUGGACGGUGAAUGAGCCAGUGCAUAUGGUGGAGGCCGUUCGUUGGGGAGUGGACGUGAUUCUCACUGACACAACGCAGGUCUGGCUCGACCUGCGCAAUGCGCUUCAGGUUGAUUAUGACAAGAUAGCGGGACGGUAUGGCCGUUCGUUCCUCUGGACGUCGUGGGAGUUCUACACACCCGCGACGAGGAUGCGCGAGCGUGCUGCGCGAGCCUACAUCGAGUCGUGCGUCGGCCCCUUCCAGGUGGUCUCGGAGACAUUGCCUGCUCAGAGCGCUACUGUUCCCGCUUCUGCAUGAUUGUUAUUGACCGUAUAUCAUUGUGCUGUAGCUCCCGCGAGACAGACUUUCGCUAACUACAUACGAUUACCCUUAGAUUGUUCAGUCGUGCGAGUUUAAGCAUUGACGUUGUGGUAUUUAGAUGACUAGUUGGGCUGUUUGGUUCCUGGACGUGUUUCGUCAGCUUCGAAUGCCUGCCUUAGGCCACAGUGGCGUAACAAUAUUAUUUUUUCUAUUAUACAGUGAAAAUAUCUAAAGUUCCGACACCAAAACAUAUAAAGGAAAUAUUACGUUAUGC